GACCGCCAUUCUCUCUCCAGUCCACCUUGUGAAUCCGCUGGCCUCAAAACUACGAGCGCCUGCAAGCACCUUCUUCACCGCCCAUUGCAAUUCCAACACCACCCCCCCCCUUUUUGGCGGUCCCAGCUGAUAGGUCAUUGAAUACACAGAAACUAAUUAUCCACUAGGCCCUCGAUUUUCCUUUUAGUGUAAUCUUUUUCAUUACACUACAGUUGUUCUAGAACAUAUCUUGAUCUCUUCUCUGUGUUUCUAAUUCUGGGUUCUGGGUAACCGCCUCUUGUAGGUUAUAAUACUGUUUGGGGGCAAGUCCUAGUGCCAGCUGAAGAUUCUUUGACUAUGGACUGCACUGUUCGAUUCUUUUUUGCCCCGUCUAAGGUCUCAACCUGUUGAGUUUCGGAAUAUCUUAUAGUUCUUUGAUUUCUUGGCGUGCGGGGGAUUGUAGUUCUCGCAUUCUUUUAUUCCGAGCAGUUCGUGGAUCUCUAAUGGGCUUCAUGAUUCUUCCAAUUGUUUAUUCUGUACAUACUUCCUAUUUUGGUUUUGAUCUGAUCGUUGUAUCUUAACUCCGUAGUCUAGGUAGCUUCAUCUAUACGGUCGAAUCUUUUUCCUCCUCCUUCUGGUUAUAUUGUUAUCAUGGAACAAGCAAUCUUUCCUCACGACGGGUCUGUACAGAAGCUCAAAUUCGACGACACUGCAAGUGAGCAAGAUUCUGGAGAUUGGUCAAAUGAUAUGAAUAUUAAGAAGUCGGGUGUAUGGGAGCCUGCAAGCAUUGAAGACUCCACUGUCUCCGAUUGCGAAAGUGGUGUUUCCGGAGGUACCUGCGUGCAGCGUAGUUUGUUCGAUGGAGGGUUUGUACGACUCGUAGAAGGUGACAGGGUUCAUGACCUUAUUCAGAGAAGGUUCAUUCUCAGUUUGGGGUUGCCUGGGGCACAGACCCAAGUCGUCGCUAUUCAUAGGAAUGCUUGUUCCAGCGUUAUGUCACAAGCCAGGGUCCAAUCGUUUCGGCUUUACCUGCAAGCAAUGCAGAAGAGGCGUAGUGGUAAUGCCAAUUUGAAGUAUGCUUGGUAUGGAACUUCUGGUAAGCAAGAGGUGGGAGAGAUCAUUUCACACGGCUUUGGUCAUUGUGGGAAAUCACAGAAUAAUAAUAAGCUUUAUGGUUGUGGACUCUAUCUUUCUCCAGAUGAUUCUCCUCUCGACAGUGUGAAGAGCUGCGCUGUUGACAAAGACGGUCUACGUCACUUGUUACUGUGUCGUGUAAUUCUGGGGAGAACAGAGCUUGUGCAUCCUGGUUCUGAGCAAUGCCAUCCCAGUGCUGAGGAGUAUGAUUCCGGGGUGGACAAUCUUUCGGCUCCUACCAAGUACGUGAUCUGGUGUAGUCGGAUGAACACCCAUGUGUUGCCGGAAUAUGUUAUAAGUUUCAGAAUUCCUCAAGGGUCUGUGAAGACUGAGGAGCCCGCGAGAAGACCGUCUUCCCCAUGGAUGCCAUUUCCAACUCUAAUUUCUGUGCUUUCCAAGUUUUUGCCUCCAGCUGAUAUUGCCUUGAUAUCAAAGCACCACAAAGAUCACAGAGCGAACAAGAUUUCACGACACGAUCUGAUCCAAAAAGUGAGACAAGUUGCAGGGGACAAGUUGUUGAUUGGAGUCAUCAAGUCAUUCAGAGAAAAGGUACACCGAAAACGGGGGAGAGCCUGCAGGAGCAAAGGAGGUCAAAGAAUGGGGCAGUAGGUAGAAGAAGAAGAUCCUUCAAUAUGGCGGUUUAGGCUUUAGAGGAAGUCAAUAGGAUAGGAGGGUGGUGAAGUUUUAAUGAAAAACUGCUAAUAAUAAUGUGAUACCUAAGCUUAGGAGCAGAGCAGUUGGCAUUUGGGUGGCGUGAAGGAAUUGCCCUUUCUCCUUUCUGUAUCAGCAUGACACAGCAUUUGUAAGUUGGGGUCUAUCGGCUUUCUUCUUUUCUUUUUAUUAAAUGAUAACAAGUUGAGGGCUACGUUUGGCACAGCGACGCCUUUAAUGAAUGGUUCACAACUGUACAUGUUGAUCCUGUUGCUUUCGUUCUUGGUCAGCGAAUUUAUGCCAUCCCUUCAUUCUGUACGCGUA